ACUGUCACUGUCAGGUCAGUGGCAGUGGUGGCAGUCGGUGCGGUCGGUGCUGGUCGGUGCGUCGCGUCGGUCUAUCAAGCAAUAAUACGCCGGCCAUGGCAGAAUGGUUACAUUUGAAAAUAGUUCGCCUGAACGAACUGAACAAUGUCGAAGAAAAGAAGGAUAUAUUAUCUGAGAUCAAAAUCAAAUUGGGGAGCUUAAACAAUAGAGAAGCCGAACAAAUCUCUCGGAAUUUGGAUUUUGGCUUGUUGUUCGCUCAGUUAACCUCCGAUGACAGAGAAUACGCGAAUGACGUAUGUAACGUUUUAAAGACGUUGUUUGGAAUUUUGGAACUCGGAGAUGUGUACGAAAGGUAUUCGUCAGAAUUAUCUCAAUUAAUAAUUCAUUCGGAUCCUGCGGUGAGAUCGCUCGCGUUGCAUCAGAUCUUAAGCGUCGUGUCUGAUCCUCGAAAGAUAUCUUUGCUUCUGCGAGAUACGAAUUUAUUGGUCGCCGUCAUAAAUAGAAUCGGUGACGACAGUCUGAUGGUAUCGAAAUGUGCCGCGUGUAUAAUGAAGGAGAUCGGCAGACAUCCGAACGGGUUACAAAUUCUAUACACUGGUGAACUGCUGCGAAGCUUUGCCAGAUUGUUAACGAAAAAUGACGUUGUCAGUUUUCGCGUGUACGAAGUCGUCGUGGACGUAGCGAGAUCCUCGAAGGAGGGCCUCGAAGCGUCGGCUCGAUCAGGAUUUUUGAAUUCCUUGUUUGAGAUUCUCGAGAGCGAAGAUAUACUGUUGCAAGUAAAUGCGUUAGAAAUUUUGUCGCAAUUGGCAUUGACGGAGGAAGGACUGAGCUAUCUGGAGCAACAGGAAGUGUUGAGAAAAUUGGUCCAGAAGAUAGCACAGGCGAACGAAAAUCCGUUGUCGAACUUAUUGAUCCCCGGUUUGAUGAAGUUCUUCGGGAACGUUGCCCGCCAUUGGCCGAACGAGAUCUUUUCCAAAUAUCCGGCCGUAGUCUCGGCUUUGUUUGAAGUGAUCGAGAGCGCGGAUCAGACCAUUCUCGGCGUCGCGUUAGACACGUUGGGUCAGGUUUCUGUACGUCCCGAAGGCAAGUACGCGUUGCAAGCGUUGGGAAACGCGAUGCCGAGUGCGCUAAGAAAGAUAGCGGAAGUCAUACAGAGAAUGCCUACGACACUGAGGAUUCGCGGACUCGAAAGUCUGGCUCUGAUACUCGAUGUACCGAAACCGGAACAGGACAACAGAAUUCUGUCGUUGACGAAAUCAUGGUUCGAUUCUAUGUGCGACGAUCCCUUAGGCAUGAUCGUAGCUCUGUGCAGGCAACCGUUCGCGGACAUUAGGCAAGCCGGAUUGCAGGUGUUGGCCGUUCUCGCGUCUCAAGUAUGGGGUCAGGAAUACGUAUCGUCGUAUCCGGGUCUGGUAGAGUUCUUACUCGACAGGAACGUCGAGUCGUUUAAGGAAUGUAAAGAAGCGAAGUACGAGGUGGUGAAACGCCUGGCCGAAGGCGAACAGGACGUAUUCGAUCCGGACACGAUGCGAAGGUUCAGGGAGUUCGCGAGCCAAGGACCGCAUUACGUCGAAAUAAGUACGGAAGUCGCGAUCGAGGGAGGAUCGUGACCUGUGUCACUCUCGUCCUCGUUACCGUACGUCGAGGACAUCGAAGUUCGUCGUUAUCAGUCGAGAAUGUCGUACGAUUUCCAGAGAACUUCCCACGAGAGCGAGUCUAUGCUAUUAUUAUUUAUUUUCAAUCUGUUACAUGUAGAAAUAAAAUGCAAUGGUACGUGAA